GACUUCUAAGAACGGUAACUCCAGCGACACAAGCAAAGCGAUGAAUAUUUCAGUUUUUGAGCAAUUAGAUACAGAUUGAUAGGAGGAUGUUUGGUCAGCUUGUGAUUGGGCCCCCAGGUUCGGGGAAAACUACUUAUUGUGCUGGAAUGGUCCAGUUCCUAUCAGGUUUUGGACGUCAGGUAGCUGUUGUGAAUCUUGACCCGGCCAAUGAGAUUUUACCAUACAAAGCAGAUAUAGACAUAUCAGAUCUGAUUACCAUCUCUGAUGUGAUGGACACCUUAAAACUCGGUCCAAAUGGUGGCCUUGUGUAUUGUAUGGAGUAUCUGGAGAAAAAUAUAGACUGGCUAAAGAAAGAACUUGAGAAGGUUGAAGGCAAAUACCUGUUGAUAGAUUGUCCAGGCCAGGUAGAGCUUUAUACACACAACAAUGCAGUGAGGAAUAUUGUAUCAGAGCUGAUGAAGAUGGAUGUCAGACUGGUAUCUGUACAUCUGGUAGAUUCUCACUAUUGCAGUGAUGCAUCAAAGUUUAUAUCUGUAUUGUUGACAUCACUGUCUACCAUGCUACAGAUGGCGCUACCCCAUGUUAAUGUAUUGUCCAAGUGUGAUCUCAUAGAGAAAUAUGGCAAGCUGGCUUUCAACAUUGACUUCUACACAGAGGUUCUAGACUUGUCAUAUAUACUGGAUGAAUUAAAGGAAGAUCAAGAUUUCCACAAGUACAAGAAGUUGAAUGCUGCACUGGUUGAUAUUGUUCAAGAUUACAGUCUAGUUUCUUUUGUUCCUCUUGUUGUGGAGGACAAGGAGAGUAUGUUACGUGUGAUGCAGGUGGUUGACAAAGCUAAUGGUUACGUGUUUGGUGACCUGGAAGAGAGAAACUUACAGCAGCUACUUUCCUGUGCUGCUGGGGCAGACUUUGAAUAUGAAAAGAUUCAAAAUAUUAGAGAAAAAUAUAUGGACACAGAAGAGAAGCUAAGUGAUGACAGUGGUGCUGAACGUGAUUCUGGUGAAAAGAUUGAUGUGGAUAAUGGGUGAAAAUUAUUGACAAAAUCACAGAAUGACAGAAUAUUGAAAAUAGGUGUAUGUUAUAUACAUCAAACGUGGUUUCAUUAUAGAGAAGAUGAACUCGAGAACUGAUGAAACAGAAAAGCAAUACUUACCCCCACUUGGGGUAAUUAAAGUACAUAAAUGCACGUGUAGUAGUGCCAGAAAUAAAUACUGUAACCCUAGAAACGUUUGCAAACAGUAUAUUUCGCGUCUUUAUGACAAUAGGCAAUUUAGCGGCAACAAAGAUUUGCAAAAUCGGAUACAAAAUACAUGAAGACUUAAUAGCUGAAGUACGUAACAAACAGUAGCAGGCAAAAUUAAAGGUAUGACUGGGCAGAUAACUGGUCACUUAUCAUUAGCUUAUUUAUUAAACUACCACGCUGUGUGAUUGUGAACGAAAACCUGACUGACUUUCUGAUAGUUACUUUUACAUAAUGCCACCAUUUUGAUUUUCAGCUGUCAAUCAAAAUUAACUACUGCUGUUGAUAUUCUUUUAUCAAAACCAUGUGGGUUUUAAUUAAUAAACAUGUAAAUGAUAUAUGUAAAUGAAAUUAUUAUACAUCAUGAUAAAACUGUUUUUAGUAAUUAUACAUACAUGUACAUCUGUAUAUUGGGGAGGAGCUUUGCAGCUGACUAUCAAUAAAAGCUACAAACUUUUGUAUUUUCACGGUAGCUGGUAGUUUCGCGACUACAAAAUUUUGCAGAGACACAACGAUCGCAAAUUUAAAGUCGCUAACUUUUAAAACUUUGAUUUGGUUUUAAAGAAUAAUAUUUGAAAGAUUAUGAUACUGUCUGAGUUCAAGGUGUAGUUACCACAGUCAAAUGAAAUUAAAAUAUUUUGCUGUGUUUUUAACAUAGUAAAAGUUGAGUACCCCUGUCGUGUGGAGAUAUUAUCGGCUCAUAAGUGUUACUGCAACCUGUCCAAAAGUGCAUCAGAGUACUCAAUACUCAAAAUUUGAGCUCUCAACAAUUAAUGAAAUCAAGAAGUAAAUUUCAACACAUUCUUACAUUUGAUUUAAACCAUUAAGCUGUGCUUUAUUGCAGAAAGUGGUCAGCAGAAUUACUGACAAAAAGAAAAUGAUGCAUAUUUUAUAACAAACCAUUUAAAUAGAUCUACCUAAGAUUUUGAUUACCAGCAUGUAACAUUGGCAGGAAAACCCUUAUUAUAAUUCUAGAGGCCACAUUUUCUACCAGUCCUGUUCUUCGUAAAUAUUUUUAAGAAAGAAACUGGGUCUCUUUAGAUUUGAAACUGGGUCACUUGGUAGCAAAAUUGAUUUUUUUUUUACAUUCUAGAAGCCACAUUCUGUACUUUAUUGACCUAAACCUUUGAUAGAGUGAUUGUGGUUAUCAAAACUGGAUUAUCUAAGUCAAAAACUAGGCUACUAGGUUAUAUCAUAAAAAAACCUUGAUAACUUUCUAGAACUUGUCUACAUAAAUGUUUAUUAAAGUCUGUCCCAAUCCAUCGGUUAACAUCAACUCAGACACACGGUGACAAAACUACUGAAGCAGUCCGUAAGGUACAUUGUAUUAGUAGCAUUAAGUAAACUACAAAAAAGUCACCCUCAAGAAUUUCGAGGAUGGUACUCUUUAAGUACUCGAAUUGCUAAAUGAAUGCCAUAUGUAUUUUUCCAACGGCAGCUUACCAGUGUAGAAAUUCGACAGCCAUUGGCGCUUACUCUCUUAAAAGGAGGAGAACAUGAAAGUUCAUGUGAAAUACUUGGGGAGCAACUCAAAACAUUAUUAUUUUAAAAAUGAAUAAUUAUCGUUUUGUCUUGAAAGACAACAGCUCAAUUAUUUAUAAAAGUUUCAAAUGCAAGGAAGGAAAAUUCAUGUAAACUGUAUGCUGUAUCUCAAAUUGUCCAAUUUACAAAUUAAUCACUUUCCCAUUUAUUUUUGCACCGUCAAGUUGGAAUACAACUUCAUUUUUGUUCUAUGUGUAUGAUUGAACAUUUUUUAGAAUAUUUUUUUUCAAUGAAAUGUAGGAAAAGUUUGAAGAUGGGUAAUUUGAGGAUUAAAAGCUAGGUCGUUAAGUCAAAGCAUAGAACUCAGGAGAUAAUCCUUUCUAAAGUUUACCAGAUUGUUUGAAAUCUAGGUCAAGUUAGAAUUGAGUUACAUAAGGUCAGAAAGUAGGCCACUGGGUCCAAUAAAUGACAAACCUUAUUAGUCUUCUAGAGGCCACAUUAAUACCUGAACUUCAUAAAGGUUUGGUAAAAUAUUUGUUCAGAUGAAAUCUAGGACAAGUUUGAAACUUGAUGACCUAGGGUAAAAAGUAGGUCACUAGGUCAAGUUAUUAAAAAAUAUUGUCAAACAGUUUAUAUUCUAGAAGCCACAUAUUGUACCUUAACUUCAUGAAAUUUUAUUGGUACUUCUGUUUUUGUCCAGAGGAAGUUCAAAUCUCAGUUAGCUAGUCAUAAACUUUGUCACUAGACUAAGUAUAGAUAAUUGAAAAACUUUGUUAAUGUUGUACCUGGUAGAAAGAAAGCAUAAUUAUUAGAAUAUUUGUUGUUAUAAAAUGUAGGUCAGAUUAGAUACUAGGUCAGAGUCGGCGUCGGCAUCACACCUUGGUUAAGAUUUUGCAUGCAAGUACAUACAGCCAUCAAUUAAUGGCUUAUAGCUUUGAAACUUAUUUUUUCUUUUUCUAGGUCAAUUACCAACCUCUCUGGGUCAAGUCCCAUAACUCUGACAUGUAUUUUGAGCAAAUAAUGCCCCCUUUUGGAUUUAGAAAAUUCUGGUUAAAGUUUUACAUGCAAGUUACUAUCUCUAAAACUAAUGCAGAUAUUGAUUUGAAACUUCACAUGUGUCUUCGGGGUUAUAAAACUAGUUGAUAGCAGCAAGUCCCAUAACUCUGACUUUCAUUUUGGCCAAAUUAUGUCCCCUUUUGGACUUAGAAAAUUCUGGUUUAAGUUUUGCGUGCAAGUACAUACAGCUACAGUCUAACCUGUACUAACGGUCACCUCCGAUCAACGGUCACCUCCGUUCAGCGGCCAUUUUAUGACGCCCCCGACGGAUUUUCCUCUAUUUUAUCACUUUAUUCAGCGGCCACCUGCCGUCCGCGGCCAGCGGCCACCGAAAUUGCCUCCCGACCGCCGUAUUUGACCCCUUUCAGCGGCCAUUUUUCUUCCAAAACCAAUUAUUUUUAGGCAAUAAUCGCCGAAGAUACCCGAUUUUGAGAAGCACGUGGUUGCUAAGUUUCGCGUGACUUCACCAUAAGAACGUCAAAAUGACAAGAGGUUCUCAAUUAAAACGGAUAACCAAAGGUGUAAUCCCCUUUUGUUAUGAUCAAAUGGCCAUGCAGUAGGCCCUAAUUAUCGGUAAUUAACGUGUCACCUCGUGUCGUUGUUCACAGUUUGACCUCGGUUAAAGAUAAUACUCGAUAACUAAUCAGUAGCAUAAUAUUUGUGAUUUUUUAUACUUUUGUCAUCAAAAUACUAUUAAAUUUAUACGACAUUGUGUUUGAAAAAAAAAAUAAACCACUCUAUCUUUUACGAAACGUAACGGCAAUCUUAGAUUUAGCGUAGACAAUAAGCGCCGAGAGUAGCUUCCCUUACCAAAAUGGCGAAAAUUGUAAACAAACUUGUUUUGAAGUUGGAAAAUUGUCUAUAACAAUUUUUGUAGUAAAAAACCACGCCUGAGUUUUAGAUUGCUAAGAAUACCAUUCGUAUUGCGAAGGCAAAUGCACGUCAUUGUAUCCUGGUAAAAUAAUAAUAGAAAACCCAAAAAGAAAUGGGCCUUAAGGCUAUAGACUGGUGAGAAGUCUGAAAAAUACAUAUACUGGCUGCACCUCCGAUCAGCGGUCACCUGGCUUAAGCGGCCAAAUUGUCUGCUUCCCUUGGCUGGCUGCUUAAGACAGGUUAGACUGUAUUUCUAAAAGGCAUAUAGAUUUGAAACUUUUUUUUCUUUUUCUAGAUCAAUUACCAACCUCACUGGGUCAAGACCCAUAACUCUGACAUGUAUUUUGAGCAAAUUAUGCCCCCUUUUAGACUAAGAAAAUUUUGGUUUAAGUUUUACAUGCAAGUUACUAUCUCCAAAACUAAUGCAGAUAUUGAUUUGAAACUUCACAUGUGUCUUCGGGGUUAUAAAUCUAGUUGAUAGCAGCAAGUCCCAUAACUCUGACCUUCAUUUUGGCCAAAUUAGGCCCCCUUUUGGACUUAGAAAAUUCUGGUUAAAGUUUUGAGUGCAAGUACAUACAGCUAUUUCUAAAAGGCAUAUAGAUUUGAAACUUAUUUUUUCUUUUUCUAGAUCAAUUACCAGCCUCUCACUGGGUCAAGUCCCAUAACUCUGACAUGUUUUUUGAGCAAAUUAUGCCCCCUUUUAGACUUAGAAAAUUUUGGUUUAAGUUUUACAUGCAAGUUAUUAUCUCCAAAACUAAUGCAGAAAUUGAUUUGAAAAUUUCACAUGUGUCUUCGGGGUUAUAAAACUAGUUGAUAGCAGCAAGUCCCAUAAUUCUGACCUUCAUUUUUGCCAAAUUAUGUCCCCUUUUGGACUUAGCAAAUUCUGGUUAAAGUUUUGCGUGCAAGUACAUACAGCUAUUACUUAAAGGCAUAUAGAUUUGAAACUAAUUUUUAACUCGACUAUUCGAAGAAUAAGUAGAGCUAUCCUACUCACCACGGCGUCGGUGUCGGCGGCACACCUUGGUUAAGUUUUUCGUACCAGUCCACAUUUUGACAAAGUCUUUUGAGAUAAAGCUUUGAAACUUUCAACACUUGUUUACCAUCAUCAUGGCCAGUUAUAGGCAAGAGCACAUAACUCCAUCAAGGAUUUUGGCUGAAUUAUGGCCCCUUUUGACUUAGAAAUCAUGGUUAAGUUUUUCGUACCAGUUCAUAUUUUGACAAAGUCUUUUAAGAUAAAGCUUUGAAACUUUGAACACUUGUUUACCAUCACCAUGGCCAGUUGUAGGCAAGAGUACAUAACUCCAUCAAGGAUUUUGGCAGAAUUAUGGCCCUUUUCGACUUAGAAAUCAUGGUUAAUAUUUCGUACCAGUUCAUAUUUUGACAAAGUCUUUUGAGAUAAAGCUUUGAAACUUUCAGCACCUGUUUACCAUCACCAUGUCCAGUUAUAGGCAAGAGUACAUUACUCCAUCAAGGAUUUUGGCUGAAUUAUGACCCCUUUUGACUUAGAAAUCUUGGUUAAGUUUUUCGUACCAGUUCAUAUUUUUUGUAAAGUGUUUGACAUAUGGCUUUGAAACUUUUAUCACUUGUUUAGUAUAAUAGUCUCUAUCUGUAGGAAAGAGAACAUAACUCUGUCAUCUAUUUUGGCUGAAUUAUGGCCCUUUUUGGACUUUGAAAUUGGUUUUGUUUUCAUACAAAUCCAUGUUUUGUCAAAACUAUUUGACAUAUGGCUUUUAAACUUUGAACACUUGUUUAUCAUUAUGAUUUCCAUCUGUAGGCAAGAGUACAUAACUAUUUUGACUGAAUUAUGGCCCUUUUUGGACUUUGAAAUUGGCUCAUAUAUUGCCAUUUAGUGCAAGACUUAUCGAAAUCAAAGUAAUACAGGAACAUUGUUUGUCUAAUCUAUUUAUUUCUUUUGUCUGAAUUUCCGUGGAAAUAUUUUGACCCCAUUCUUCAAUCAAUUCUUCGAAUAGUCGAGCGCGCUGUCAUCAGACAGCUCUUGUUUCUUUUUCUAGAUCAAUUACUAACCUCACUGGAUCAAGUCCCAUAACUCUGGCAUGUAUUUUGGGCAAAUUAUGCCCCCUUUUGGACUUUGAAAAUUCUGGUUAAAGUUUUACGUGCAAGUUUCUAUCUCCAAAACUAAUGCAGAUAUUGAAUUGAAACUUCACAUGUGCCUUCGGGGUUAUAAAACUAGUUGAUAGCAGCAAGUCCCAUAACUGAUACGCAUUUUGGUCAAAUUAUUCCCCCUUUUGAACUUAAAACUCUUUUGAUAUUUAACCUUUUUGGGUAAUAUUUUCCUGAUUCUGGGACAAUAUUUCGAAUAGUCGAGCUUGGCUGUCCUAUGGACAGCUCUUGUAUUAUGGAUUGUAGACAGGAUAUAUUUGCAAAAUCAUCCUUGUUUUUGUUAAGAAAACAUAUAUUUAAUUUUGACAUGUCUGUAUAAAAUCAAUGCUGUUAAAUAUGUUAUUGCAAAUUCAGGUAUGAAUGUCUUUACAUCUGUUGGACUUAAACUUGCUGACACAGAAAUGUAGAAAGGAGCCAUUAUCAAUGUACUCUUUGUGAAAGGAAUAUCAUAGAAGAUAUGUACCAUUUUGUUUGAUUAUACCUAGUGUGAAGUGUAUUGAAAUGCAAAUUAAUUAAAUUUCUUGAUAUUUAAUUCCUAAAUAUCACUGUAAACAAUAAAAAUUGAUCAAAUUUGUUGAACUGUUAAAUACAUUUAAUAUCAAUAUGUUAAUUUAACAUAAAGGAACUAGAUUGUAUUAAACACAGGCAAAAUGAAACAAACUACAAAACUUGCACAAAAUAACUGUAUAAACAUGUUUGACUAGCUUAGAUAAUAUCAGUAUUCUGAGAAAGUAUGUAUCCUCUCUUGUUGCAUGCAUAAUAAUUAUUAUUGUCUAAAAUAUGUAUGUUAUUAUGAAUUGCAUUCAUGUGCAUGCAUGAAUAUUGUUAAAUUGAAACAGACUGUUUUAUUAAAGUCUUUAUAUGUAAAAAUC